CCCAGAUCCGCGCCGUGCACCUGCUGUUGGUGCCGACGGCGACCUCCUCGACUCUUGCGAGGCACUACUCACCUGCUGUCUAUCUAAUCGUCACAAUUCGAAGCCCUACCCGUCGUAGCUCCAUUGAACACCAUAUACCAUGAAAGCACAGCUUCUGGCUCGCAAGUGUUACGGCGCAGAAACAACCCGAACUUUCACAACCCGAGGGCCCAGUUCCUCGUAUUAACUGACCUGAAACAGUCAGGCAGCUCCACGGUAGGCGUCUGAUCGCUGAGGCUCCAACAUAUGGCUACAUAUCACAAGUAACCGCAACGGCAGCGGCCUCAAGAUGGACGACCCGUCAUGCGUGGCCCUCGCGUUCCGGCGGCUUCCUUCGUCCACUGCACGCGCGGCUGCUCUCGAUGCUUUGAUCAAUGAGCUCAACCACACUGAAUGGCGGCAACUACUUGCAAAACUCGGUAGCGAAACAUUCUGUGUCGAUAUCGUAGGCUCCCUACCAGUGGAGAUUGUCAUUCAAAUAUUCGGAUACCUUGAAAUCUCGACACCCUUUCAACUUCAAAGAGUCUCUAGACGCUGGCAGACAGUAUUGAGCAGUCCUGACGUUCUAAGAGGCCUACUAUGUCUGCAGGGCUUCAACAUCGCCCUUCCAACUGGGCUUCCACUUCUCGGGGAAUCGCCCGACGUCAGCCACGACUACUUGCAUUGCAGGAAGACUGCGGAGGUCGUACAUCGUUUCCAAACAGGAGCGUUCGCGAAGUCACUCAUAGUAGGACUUCCUCCUGGCGUCGAUUGCUCUGUCACCUACAGUUCCUUCGAGGACAAUAUUGCGUGGCCUGCAUAUGACAACUGCGCCGUCACUGUGUUGAAUUUGCCAUCCGGUAAAUCCUUAUCGCUCACAGGCGAAGCACGCGAGAAGAUCGCAUUAGUCGCGUUGAGUGACCAACUUGUUGCGUUCUUCACCUUCACAGGUAUUUGGUAUGCUUGCGAUUUGGUUACCGGACAACGAAAGUCUUUUAGAUUGCCAUCUGCGCGUGUACCAGUCUUUUCCUGCCGGGGAAAAACCAUCGCGGGCGUUUUGAGAGAUGAAAAAUGUCCUGGUAAGCAUGUCGCUUAUGUCUGGGACUUCGACAGGCAGAAAUGCAGAACUUUCGAUUUGCGCAAGCCGGAUCGCAAAGACUUAAAAGCAAAGCCUACGGGCGAAACAUUCACGUUAAACCCUCCUUCAGCAGUUCUAGUUGACCCUACUUCGGAGAGCCUCUUGAUAUGUUCAAAAUUGGCAUCAGAAAGCGAUUCUCUUUGCUCAGAUGCACUGCUUUAUCACCGCUACAGUUACUCGGGUGACUUGAUACGAAGUGGAAAAGUGAACUACAUAGAGAAGAGCUCUGACGCAGUAUAUUUCAAGCCGAUUGAUCGACGAGGCCGCUUUCAGCUUUAUUUUCGACAGAGGGCGAUAGAAGAAGGCCGAUUCUACCCUAGAGUAUACUGUCUGCCUUACGACGAGUCGCGGGACUACUUCGGCAAUGGUACGGUUGGCCUGGGUAUGUGUGAACGGAAUACGUGGUGGCUCGGCGCUCAUUAUCGGCUCAGUCUUACGUCUACUGGGCCGGAGCCAGUCUUAGGUUGUGUAUUGAACAGGUAUGUGUCUCAGCCCCUAUACUGUACUUCCGAGCUCAAUUCUCAAUGAGGACCAUCUUUUGAC